UCUGACCAAUCUCCAGGAGCAGGAGUACCUGAAGGUCCGCCUGACGGGCUACUUUGACGCCAAGUCAGAGCCGAUCUUCAUCUUUCCUCGUCCUCUUCUAAAAGAGUCCUCAACCUCGAAUAAGCAACCCGAAUCAGGCGGCGGCCUCUUCAGCAGCUCCAAUUCGAACAUUGGCGCCCAGCUCGUGCUGCCCUUUGUUGUAACAGAAAGUCGUCUGGUGGAAGCGUACAACCAGCUGCUGCUCGACUCGGGCCGCGAAGACCUACUGAUCGACAACAGCAACGGCAACAAACAACAGCCGAUGCGAAUUCUGGUGAACGUCGGCUGGGUGCCGCGAGAGACGAUGGACCGGGUGAACCGCUCGUACUACGGCACCAAGAACAACUCCAGCAGCCCACAGUCAGCUUACAAUCAGGAGAUUGAGCUGAUUGGCGUCAUUCGCAAGACGGAAAAGCGAGAGCCCUUCACGGCGAAGAAGGACACCGGCCAUGGCUACGUCAGCCGGCGGGACAUCAGCAAGAUCUCCGAGGCGCUCGACACGACGCCCAUCUUCCUGGACGCCUACCAGUCCUAUCCGAUCUCGCUCGCCUACCACG